AUGACCAGAUGGCAAAAUAUCAGAACUAAGCUUGUCGACAGUGGAAUCACACUAGAACGCGUCUCGAGCCUCACAAGAUCUGAGGAACUGGAGGAGAUGUUAAACAUCUAUACAUCGAUUAUCCACGAGUCGUGUGAACACACGAUUCCGAAACUAAAGCCGUGGAAUGGCAAUCCCAGACCACCAUGGUGGAAACAACUCACAGUCGAAGAAUACGUACAGGCCAAGGAAAAUUACAAGUACUCAAAGCUGGAAGGAGUUUUGCUCGACCGAGAAAGCGUCUGGGACGGUGUCUACAGAGUGAUAAGGAAGACCUCAAGAAGACGGGACGACAUGCUGCUGAGGAACUCAGCUGGUGAAACACUGCCGCCAGAUCAGUCAGCCAAGCUUCUCGCGGAAACGUUCUAUCCAGGUGACUCUGUCCAUGCCGAAACAGAACAGCAAAAGUCCGUGAGGAAGAUCACAGAAGACAAAACUCCAGCGGAGAUUAAAGACCUAUCGAACGAUGACCCACCUUUCACAAGAGCGGAGCUAGAAUUGGUUCUUUCGAGUCUCAAUCCAAAGAAAGCUCCAGGAAAAGAGGAUUACACCCACCCUAAGUCCUACAGACCAAUCGGAUUAUUACCAAUCCUUGGUAAGGUAGUAGAAAAACUUAUGGUGGGCAGGCUUCAAUGGUGGUGGCCAGCCCUUAAGAAACAGAUGGUACGCAAACAUUGCCCACGCAACUUGUAUGCCUUGGUGGCAUCCUAUCUACAGGAUCGGAGGAUAAAAGUCAACUAUGCCAGAGCGACCAGUGAGAAGGGAACCACGAAGGGAUGUGUCCAAGGAUCCAUUGACGGACCGACCUUCUGGAACCUCAUCCUGGAUUCGCUAUUACAAAAAAUGGCAACAAUGGGGGUUCACUGCCAAGCCUUCGCAGACGAUGUAAUCCUUUUUUUCUCCAAUCACCAUACCAGCGGGUUGCAGGCUACAGUUGAAUCCACCUUAGCGGCCGUACCGGAGUGGGGCGUCGAAAACAAACUGAGCUUCGCAGCGCACAAGACCAACGCGAUGCUUAUCACCAAGAAGCUCAAAUUCGACGCUCCAGUGAUCCAUAUGUCCGGUAUCCAGCGGAGUCUAGUAACCGAGAUCAAGCUGCUGGGUCUCAUAUUAGACUCCAAAUCACCUUUAACGCACAUGUGGCCACUUCCUGUAAAAAAGCAGAAGUUUACAAACAACUAG